AUGAGCCACGAUGGACAUGACAUCAACCUGAAAGCACAAAAUACACUAAACUUGCCCGACAAAAUACAAGAUGUAUUGCACUACCAGCAACCUCGAGACGCUUCCGGGUGUUGUGAGACAACGUCUUGUCAAGAGGCUGAUCAGAAAGCAGUUGUAAAUCUACCUCCGGAAAUCCUAUCAGAAAUCUUCAAACGGUGCUGCCCUACGUACAAUGACCGGUAUCGCGGUCCACCAUUCACUGCAUUGACGCUGAGCCAUGUCUGUCGACUGUGGCAACGUGUUGCUUUAGACACGCCAGCAAUCUGGACGUAUAUGAAUAUGACGGUUGACUAUUCUACAGAAACUUCUUUGAAUACAGCUGAAGAUCAACUAAUGCUUUGGCUUGGUUGCGUGCAGAAUUGUCCGAUCGUCAUUGACGCAGAGUACGUCGAGAAUCCAGAAAGAGUGGCAGCGUGUAAUGUCUUCGACCACGUAAAGAGUAUUAUUGACUUGAUACUCGCACUAAAGCCGUCCCUUGAUCCGAACGAAAUGGACCUCAGAGCUGCACUUGACGCCAGCGCUGGUGUCUCGUCUCCAGGCGAUGAUAGCCACCCACUCGUCGCAGAGCAGUAUUCGUGGGCAAAGUCGGGCAUGCGUCCCGAUCGUCCCGAUCCAGGAACAGUACAGCUCCAUGUCAACAGAUAUGCAGAGCUGAUCUACGGGAUUGAAGGUCACUCUACCCUUGGACCAUACCUCAAGCACCUCAACCUCCGCGAUCCGCAAAGGCAAAUCCGACUUUCCGUGGAAGAAUGUCAGAUUGCACUCGCGAACUUCCAGCAGCUUGAGUUCUGUGCAAUGCACAUCGGAGAGUCGGAGGAUGAAGAGGUGGAAGCGAUACAGCUCACACAUCUCAGAACACUCUCUUUAUCUUGGACGGAUGGUGUCGAGGUCGCGCCACUCAUUGACUCAAUCACCACUCCGGCUCUCGAACAACUAGAAUUAAAAGGGCCAUUAGAUGUCAUGAGCUCUUCGUCAAGCCGGCAGUCUUCGAGACAUAAGUACUGGAGUCCGUCGAGUUGGGAGAGACAGUUGAGCAAGUCGAGCGUUGUGCAGUCCAUUUUGCCGAGACUGAGUGCCCAGAGACGUGGUCUUGACCGACGUAGCCUAGAAAAUGGUGAAGGUCCUGCUCGCGAGCAAGACAGACGUGUAAUUCGUGAUCUCAACUUCCUCGCUCUUGUUUCCUGCGAUAUCUUUGCGUUAGAUGACUUCCUGCGGGAUGCCAGUGCGGAUCCACUAGCUUGGGAGGGAGCGAAUUUGAAGAAGCUGUACAUCAUUGAUUGCGGAUACAUCUCUGAGGAGGUGCUCGAUGCGAUGAGGCGGCUACCUUUUGAACAGUUUGAGACAGACCCAGAGGUACUGGAGGAUGAGUCACUAGAUCUGGUGUAG